UGAAAAUUUACUCAAUUGAUGUUCUAGAUUUAUGUGGUUCAGUUUUAUUGCCAUUGGGGCCGUAGCAACGUGCAUCAUUAUUGUGACUUUAUGGGAGAAGUUCCAGACAAAUCCGACUAUAACAGGUCUCGAUACAGAUUUUCACAAUUGGGAUGUUCCAUUUCCGGCGGUAACUAUUUGUGACAGAAACCCAGUGGAUGAUGAGCUGUUACAAGAAUUCAUUGAUAAAGUAUGGGAUUCAAAUCCACCGGAAAAAGCUGAAGAGUUUCUACGAUGGCUUUCCACUCUCAGUUAUGAGUCGAUUGCUGCGCGGGGGUCGGAAUUUGUUUCGGAUGUCAAUCUAGUUGGCAGUAAGGGUGCUCUUUUUAAUCCUAAGGAGGCCGUUUUCAGUAUUGUUCGUCAUUGUGAGAAUCUAUUUUUCGAUUGCGAAUGGAAAGGAGAUUCUGAAGAAUGUUGUGAUUUGCUCGCGCCAGUCUUUACUGAGAUGGGAUUCUGUUAUGCUUUUAAUUCGAAACAUGCUGAAAUAUCAUGGCCCUGGCAAACUCAAACGGAUCAAUUCAAUGAAGCAUUCAUUCACGAAACUGACGCGAAGUGGUCAUUUUUGUUUAAUUCGUUUCGUAACGACACAACUAUUGACAUAUACAUUCAUUCCACGGAAGAAAUGGCUGGCUUAGAACAGACCGUCCAACACUCGUGGGACAGGCGUGUUGAGAAGGUGUCCUUCUCUGUGAAACACACAUACACAACAGAAGAUGCGAGACAGCUGUCAGUGCGGCAGCGGCGAUGUGUGUUCCCUGACGAACAACGUCUAGAAACUUCUACAACUUACACGUACACGGCGUGCAUGCGCCAAUGUCGGAUGCAACGAAGUAGAUCUUACUGCAAAUGUGUUCCACAUUUCUAUCCAUCUAUAAAAGGUUACAAUUACUGCACGCUGAGAGAGUUGGAAUGCAUUGCCAAAUACACAGCAGAAAUAAACGACGUAACUCACUGCAACUGUGAACUGGGAUGCACGCAUACCGUUUAUGAAGUGGAAAAACUUACUGAAAUUGAUGCCAAUAAAGGCCCAUCUGCUACAAACUCAUUGGAAACAGAAUUCGUAUCAUGGCCGAUGGUACGUUACAAGCGUGAGGUUUUAUUUGGUUGGGUGGACUUACUAGUGUCAUUUGGUGGAAUAGCGGGACUGUUUCUGGGCUUUUCACUGCUAUCGGGUGUUGAGUUGGUUUAUUAUUUUACGCUGAGAGCAUUCUGCGCUGCAGUGCGCGACGCUGACUUAUUGAAGCAGGAACGAAAUGAACGAAUAAUGAAACCAAAGCCACCGCACAACCUCAGCUUAGUUCCAUGGUGGAAACAACCGCCUCCGCCAUCAAAAGCUAGACCGACGGGACUUCUUCAGAAGGACGUCUUGCUACCGCCAAAGUACUCCCCACCGCCUGUUUAUACAGACUACUUACCAUAA